CCCGGCGCCGGGGCUCCUCAGUCUACCGCAUCCACUCGCACGAAUCAUUCGGCCGCGGCACCCGGCCCGGACACGUGCGCACGCGGACACGCCGGGCUCGGCUGGCAACAGUGCAACAGUGUACUCCGUGCAAUAGUGCACUGCAGUGCAGUGCAGUGAAGUGAGGUGCCGCAAGCAGUAGUGAUAACCUUACCGGUGCGGACCGGCAGGAUGGGUCGGAAUACCGAAAAUAGGUGGAGGACGCCGAGGUGGUCGUCGUCGUCCCUGGCGCUGCUGGCGGCGCUGGCGGCGCUGGCGGUGCUGCAGGGGGUGAGGGCCGUGCCACAGCAGGUGCCGCUGGGCUCGCACCCUUGUUCGCGGCCGUGCGCGCCGGGCCGCACCAUGACGUGCCGCUACGACUUCCACGUGGAGAACUACCACUCCAUGAGCAAGGCGUGCUACAGCUGCCCCUGGAACGCCACCGACUGCGCGCGCCCGGACUGCAUCGCGGCGGACGGCGCCUCGCGCGCCCUCGUCGUCGUGAACCGCAUGCUGCCGGGCCCCAGUCUCCAGGUGUGCCUCGGGGACCGGCUGGAGGUGACGGUGCACAACCACAUGCCGGAGCAGAGCACGUCGGUGCACUGGCACGGCCUGCAGCAGCACGGCACCCCCUACAUGGACGGCGUGCCCUUCGUGACGCAGUGCCCCGUGCAGCCGCACUCCGCCUUCCGGUACUCCUUCCGCGCCGACAACGCGGGCACGCACUUCUGGCACUCGCACACCGGCUGCCAGCGCGCUGACGGCGCCCUGGGCAUGCUGACGGUCAGAGUGCCCAAGGUGGAGGACCCCCACGGCCCGCUGUACGACGAGGACCUCCCCGAGCACGGCAUCCUGGUGUGGGAUUGGACGCACACCCCCGCCGCCUCCAAGUUCCUGGCGCACCACCACGCCGGCGACGACAACAAGGCCGACUCCGUGCUCAUCAACGGGAAGGGUGCGGCGCGCCGCUUCCCUUCCCCCGACGGCAGCCCCGUCCUCACCCCCCGGGAGGUCUUCACCGUCACCAAGGGUCUGCGUUACCGGUUCCGCCUGAUCAACGCCGGCUUCCUCAACUGCCCCCUGGAGCUGUCCAUCGACAACCACACUCUGCUGGUGGUCGCCAGCGACGGCGCGGACGUUAAACCCGUGCGAGUGGACUCGCUGGUGAGCUACGCCGGCGAACGCUGGGACGUGGUGGUGGAGGCCGACCAGCCCGUGGCCAACUACUGGCUGCGCAUGCACGGGCUGCUGGACUGCGGGCCCCGCCGCGCGCACGAGGCCGCCGUCCUGCGCUACGCGGGCGCCGACCCCAACACCGAGCCCGCGGGGCCGCCGCCGAGCUACGACGUGCACUCGGGGACGACGGGCCGCACGGGGCUGCAGGUGAACCCGCUGAACCGAGGCUCCGCCGACCCCAACACCAUCACCGCCGCCGAGCUGCAGGCCCUCCCCGAAGCGACGCAGCUCUCGGACCCCGCGCUCAAGCCAGAGGCCGACGUGCAGCUGUUCGUGUCGUACGACUUCUACGCUGUGGACAACCCUCACAUCCACCGCGCCGGCCUGUACGGUAUCUCGCAAGUGCCCAGCUCUCCGCACCGCGUGUUCACGCCGCAGCUCAACCACAUCUCGCUCAGCCUGCCCGCCUUCCCGCUGCUGCCGGGCCGCGACCGCCUGGACGCGCCCAGGACGCCGACGUCGCCGCAGCUCUGCAAUGAGACGUCGCUGGCCGCGCAGGGCCGAGACUGCACCAAGGAGUACUGCGAGUGCACGCAUGUGGUGCGCGUGCCGCUGGGCGGCGUGCUGGAGAUCGUGCUUGUCGACCAAGGCGUCCGCUACGACGCCAACCACCCGUUCCACCUGCACGGCCACGCGUUUCGCGUCGUGGCGCUGGAGCGCCUGGGCAGCAGCAUCAACGUCAGCGAGGUGCAGCGGCUGGACGCCGAGGGCCGCAUUCCCCGGAACCUGCGCGACCCGCCUGCCAAGGACACCGUCACCGUGCCCGACGGCGGCUACACCGUGCUGCGCGUGCACGCCGACAAUCCCGGUUACUGGUUGUUCCACUGCCACAUCGAGUUCCACGUCGAGCUGGGCAUGGCGCUGGUCGUCAAGGUGGGCGAGCACGAGGACAUGCCUCCCGUCCCCAAGGGCUUCCCGCAGUGCGGCGACUGGAGCAACAACAACUGGCUUGGCGAUGCCGACAAGGACGUGGACGUUGACGAGGUCCUCGACGCGGCACUAGGGGACAAGCCGGUGGUCGGCAACCACAUCGGCCGGGACCUGGGGGCGCUGCAAGGGGCGCUGACGUUCGGAGACAAGGCAGGGCCGCCUCCCGCGCCAUUGCCGUCGUCCACGCCGAGGACCACCACCUCCACAACAGCCGCCACGACAGCCGCCACGACACCGACGACCACCAUGCAACCAAGGGCCACGGAGGCGACUGAGGCCACCGAGGCGACCGACAUCGCCGAGACCAUGAUGUCCACGCCUAGCUACAAAGAAGACAGCACCGAGGUCGCCGACGCGGACGACACCACCGAGCUGCUGCUGGUGCAUGGAGCGGACGGCACCCUGGCCGACGACGCGAGUCGGUACGGGGUCUUGGAGGAGGAUGCAGUGGACAGCACGACUGAGGUGGCCUCCGCGGACGAGGCUUCCGCCACCGAGGCGCCGACCGGCGCGAGGCACGUGAGCGAGUUUAUAAUGCGCGUGUCUUCGUCGUCGCGGCGCGUCGCCCAGUCCGAGGCCGUGUCCGUCAGCCACGAGCGCUGGGACAUCUCGGACCCGGCGCGGCCGGACCUUCAGUACAACGUUCUGGAGACACCCUCACAGGCCCCACGCCAGGUGGCGGCGCUGACGGCGAGCUCUCCCCGCGAGGCCCGCGCGCCCCGCGACCACGCCUACGCCCUCGCGGGGCGCGGGCCGGUCUCGUGGACGCCCCUUGUUGCGACGCUCGUUUGCCUCGUCCUGGCGCUAUAGAAGAACAAGACCCGCGCGGCUUCUUACUGCGUCGUGAAACUUCAUGCGAUUUCGCACUACCUUGUUAGUAAUUUUCUCUGAGUGUAAAUAUUUCAAAGUCGAACUGGCCGGUGAAACCGGUCGUCCUUUUCCCCUAGUAAGAAGGCGCAAUUUUGCACCGUCCUUGCUAACUGGGCUCCUCCUGUGAUAUGCGACGCCGAACGAGUUCGGAUUCCAAAGACAUUCUAAGUUUAGUUAGAAGUAGUUAGGAAAAAGCAAUUUGUAUAUACUGUGUUAUUUAAAGUCUGUUAUAUUUUUUUAACUGCUGUGGACGUCCGACCAACGAUGUACCAAUCGUGUACCUGUAAAUUAUAAUUUUUAUGUGCACCUAUGAGUUAAGACAACUGACUGUGAUUUUACGAAAUGAACGUACUGGGUAUGAAUUAAAUAAGAGCAUCUCAAAAAAUUGUUGGUUUCUGGUUUUUUGAAUAUGUACCUCAUCCUCACUAAUAUUU